AAAAAACAAAAAACGUCUACAGUCAAGUAGGAUGAAAGUCUAUCGCCUUUCCUGUCCGACUUGAACGCAGCAUCGUUCUGCUGGCGGCGCCAUUUCACUUUUCAUUCAUUGGAUUCGGGGCCUGCAUCGUUUCUCAGGUGGAAUCUCAUCAUGGUGAAAAUCUUUGUUGGAAAUCUUAACUCCAGUACCACAGCCGAAGAGCUGCGCACUCUCUUCUCUGAAUAUGGCAAAAUUUCAGAAUGUGACAUCGUCAAGAACUUUGGCUUUGUGCACAUGAACAGCUUGUCUGAAGCUGAGGAGGCCAUCCGCAACCUCCACCACUACGAACUGAAUGGUGAGCGUAUGAACGUGGAGAUGAGCAAAGGGAGGCCCAAGGCCACCACCAAGCUACAUGUCAGCAACAUCGGCGAAGGUGCCACCAGUGAGGAUCUGCGGGCCAAGUUUGAAGAGUUUGGUAGCGUGGUGGAGUGUGACAUAGUGAAGGACUACGCCUUUGUUCACAUGGAGCGAGUGGAGGAUGCCAUGGAGGCCAUCAAUAAGCUGGACAACACAGCCUUCAAAGGCAAGCUGAUGAGCGUACAACUGUCCACCAGUCGGCUUCGCACUGCUCCGGGAAUGGGAGAUCAAACCGGCUGCUAUGUCUGCGGGAAACAGGGUCACUGGUCGAAAGACUGCCCAGUCGGUCGGAACGGUAGCCACAGUGACGACAUGAGGGGUCACAGCGGCCGAGGCCCCCCACGCGGCCCCCCAGGUUAUGGCAGGGGCGGUUACGGGAUGGCCGGGCCUCCAGCAUCUGAUUACAUGGGUGGCUCUGCGUAUAGUCGAGCUAGUUACUUGGGUGGGCUGCCACCUCCCCCUCGUAGGCUUAGUGGCUAUGGGUCUGAGCUGGGGGAUAGGUACGCCGGCAGAGCAGCAGGCUCCUAUGCUGACAGGUCAUCAGUUUAUGAUCGUGACCGGCACAGUGUUGACUAUUAUGAAAAGUUCAGAGCUCGCCCUUAUGGCUCAAGCUAUUUCGAGGAUCGCCGUGUCUCCUAUCUCCCCCCUCCCCCACCUCCCUCUUCCUCCCUCUCAAGGCUCUCCUCCAGCAUAGAUCCAUACGACCAUCGGCCUAUGCCUCCACCUGCGUCAGCCGCGGCCGCAUACUAUGCUCGAGACCGCAGCCCGAUCAGACGAGUGCCAGUCACCUCGGCAGGUUAUUCCUACGAGCGCACAAGACUGUCACCGGUGUCGGCCUCCAGAAGCUCCUCCUACGCCAUUCCGCGGGCCAAGGACCCUUACUCGGCACGCUAUGCGCCUUACUAAAGCCACGCUGCCAAGGUGUGUUUGUGAACUGCAGGACUUUUCCUUUGCUGUCAUUUCUCCGAGCUGCAUGAUUCCAUCGAUCUGUGUGGUGUGCCGCAAAACAAAGCGUACGAGAUGUGAUCGGAAAUUGGCGCGGGCAUCUCCCUGGCAACUGAGGUGCCAGUUGCCUGCAGACGAAUCAGUCUCUCUCAUGGAAUCAAUCCACAUUCACGUGCACAUACUUCAUUUACAGUUUUCAAUAAGGAUGGUUUGCAAUUUUGAAUCGCACUGUUUAUACGGCAUUUAUAAUAUAUAGAGAUCAUUUUCUCACUUGCUCUGUGGGUUUUCACCUUCCUUUUUAGUCGUGUUUGUUAAUUUUGUUUUUAUACCUGUGUUUCUUCCUCACAUGAAGCAAAUUCUUUAAGCAAAUGUAAUUUGUCAGACCUUUUGUAAAGAUAAUUUAGAGAAAUGUCCUUAUUUGAGGAUUAACAUUUACUUAAAUGUAAUUGGCUGGAACACAGUUCUAUUGGUUGCUCAGUGAAAACAUUUUCUGUUGUCUUGCCAUUCAAACACAUUCAUGUCUUUUGGUUUGUUUAUCUCAUAGGUCAUUCUGGGUUGGUUAUAUGGACUUGGACAAAACCAAGUGUUGGACUAAAUUGUUUUUCCCUAAAUGAUGAACCAUGUGUCCAGCCAUGUGCCAUGGAGGGCCAUGGGUCAUAGUUUUCAUUCCAACCCCAGACUACAACAGCUGAUUGCACUGACACGUUCUUCCCCCAUGCUUGAUGGUGUAGUAAUCUGGGCAGCUGAUUUAAUGUUUGGUUGAACCUGCAGACUCUUGGCACUCUACAGUACAUACUUGGACACCACUGAUCUACAGUGAAAGUUUUUUUUUUUUUUUUUUUUUUUUUUUUUUUUUUUAAAUUGAGUAUACCUAAAUCUGUAUCCAUGCAACUUGCCUUGAAUGUUACUGCUGAGCACAAAACUAUAGCUGGGAUACAGUCACAGGCUUUGAGUUGCCAACUGAUGUAAGGAAGGAAUCUAACUAUGGACACUCCAGCCUCCUAAUUGUUUUUGUCCAACUGACCAUGUGUGACCUCAGAAUAUGAAAGUGAAAAUGUAUCACAUGUUGGUCUGUGCUCUCAUUUUAAGUCAGAAUGCUUCAAAUAGUUCAGUCUUUGUAUUCUAUUCAGUGAUACCAAAAUGAGAAUGUAGGCUGAAAUUUGUACAGUAUGCAAGUAAGUAACAUUAUCACUGCAUUUCCUCUGCACUGACAGUAGUUCAGACCUUGCUCAUUGCUGACAACAGAAUAACCUGUCAUGAUUUAACCUUUAUUUUUAGCCUGGGAUGGAAACUGAAUGCAAACGUAUCCAUGCAAUACAGCAGCGGUAGAUAAGGAAGUGUGAGGCAGAACUCAGGGCUUGGGCUGUUUGUCAUGAGGCACUUGACUUGUUCUGUGUUGGGGGUGGGGGGGGUGCCUUUAUUAAUUUUGAGUAUGGGUGGAGUUGAAGUUUGUAUUUUUCAUACUAGCUGUAAUGGUCACAGCAUACAUCAAGUGUCUAAAAUGCAUAUUGGUUUUUAAUAAAACCCAAAGUUAUUUUGGUGACAGCCUGA